AUGGGACCCCAGUCGCGUUCAGGCAGCGAACAUGAUAGACCCGAUGCGGACGCAGAGAUCCUGCAGGCGGUCCAGAGGGCCACGAGAGAAUUUGCCUUCUGUCCGAAUCGUGUUUGGGGAGUGGCCAAGUGUCUUCCGGAUGGAAAACACAAUUUAUCCCGCUUGUUUCCACCCAACCACGACAUUACUCGGUUUCUUCAGCAGCGGGACCAAGACCUUGCCGAGCACAGUCAGUGUACCUUUGAUCUCUGCGAACAAUCACAACGGGACUUUACCUCUGUUCACCAGCGCCAUGAGAUUUCUUCGGGGGAACAUCACUGCAGGCAGCUCGAGGACCAUUUCCCCCGGGAUUUGCUCGACAAUGCGGCCAAGGCAGGUCGUCUGACUGCCUGGGCAUUAAAUGGCAAGUCCAUAAUCAGCUUCCCUCAAAGCUACAUGGCCAUCUCUCACGUCUGGUUGGACGGGACCGGCUGCGGGACCUGGCCUGAGAGAGGAGUCAAUCACUGUCUAUGGAACUUCUUCCUGAAGAUCGCGCAGGACUUCCAAGUCGACGCCAUCUGGUAG